UUAAGACUAUGACCAUGACCCACAUAACGAUAUCUUAAAUUUGACCAGUUCAACCUGUGUAUACAUUCUCCAAUGACACGGGAAGCCAGAUAAUAAGAUGCCCACAUUACGAAUACUAGAAGAAUUGAAACUCUCCCGCCAUUCCAUACAUAACCCAAGAAAGGAAUUCUAAUCUUUUGCUGCUGAAUGCAAAAAUUCUCAAAAGUUUGUUGCAGAAAAGCAUCAUAGCUCAUCACAUUACAUCAUAUCAGUACCGGAAAACCUGCUGGAUAUCAACAUUGGACAGACAAUCUUGCUUUGGGUAUCGAUGCAUUGAUUUAAGCUGUUUCAAAACUAAGUUUGUAUUAAGUUUCUGCAAGGUGGGUUUUGCACAAUGAAAUCUCCACUGCCCUCAACUCCUAACUGUAUUCCCAGAUCAAAUGCCCUCUGCCCCAAACACCAAAUCUCAGAUCUGAGCUUGGGUGUUAGUUCAUAUGUGAUGGCUGCAGAGGGGACCGGGAUUAAGGAGAGGGCCACAUUGAAGGAGGGCUUAGAAGACAGGGUUACAUUGGGCGUCCCAUUGUCUUCUCCCUGUCCUUCUUCCUCCUCCAUGCCAGAGGCACCUGUGACACCUCUUACAUGCAGAGAAAGUGCCAGGGCUAAAGCAUCUAGCCUUACCCCAUUGACUGACAUUUCUUGCCAUUCAUGUUACAAGAGUGAGUUUGAUAGGUGUUGCUCUGAUGAAUUGAGCGAAAAGUUUGAGGGGGAGAAAACCUGCAGCACUGCUGAGACUCCAGAGACUAACACAUUUGACCCUUUUGCUGCUGGUCGUCAAGAGCUUAUUUUUGCACCCAAGAAACCCUACAAAACAAGAGAGGUAUUUGAUGGUUUUGCGGCUGAUAUUGAUGGAAAUGACUGUCCCUUCGAUAAGCCCAGCAGCCCUAAGAAGGUUUGUAAAAGUAAGGAAUCAAUUUCUAGCGUAGCUCGUGUCCUCUACUUUGAUGACUGCCUAGAUACAGGGGAUGAAAACCGCAGCUUGGGUUCCAAUGGUAGCACUGAACCGAAUCUGGCAAAUAAAGGCCUACAUUGUCCACAUCUUUCACAAGCUCUGUUGCGGGCUGAAGAAACUCAACUGAAACAUCAGUACAAAAUCCCACUUGCAGCCUCACUUGAAAUUUUGAAUCAAGAAAAUGAAUCGCAGGCUUCUGCUGGAGUUCUGAAUGUGUCUUCAAGGUCAAGAUCAGGCUUGGUGCGUGUUUUAGACCUGGAUUAUGAUAAACAUCUUGUUGUAGAAGAGCACUGUAUGAAGGGUCUUGUGGGUAGUGAUGAUAAGCCUUUGAAUUCAGCCAUGAAGGAUGCUUUGCUUGAAGAAACUUUUGUUGAAGCAAUGUGUGGAUCAUUCCUGCAAGCAAUUCUUUCAAAGCAGUGUGAAGAUGCUAAUAUGAAUUGUACCCAAGGCAGCAAUGAGGAGAAUGGCUUAUCUAUUGGGCAAGAUCAAAGUACCCCAUCCACUCCAGUUACAUAUCAAGCUCUUAGCAGUGCAGCAGGUGCGUGCCCUGGAGCGCCAACAAAGACAAGAUCAAAGAUGACUAUUCGAGGUACAAGUUUAGGCUCUGUAUGUCGGAAGCUUGAGUUUUGAACAACAGCUGAUGUUGAAGUUUUCGUUUGGCUCCUGUGUCGCAGUGACAUUGAUGGUGCAAAAACCCAGUUUUAGUUUUGGUUUUUAGGCCUGUUGAAGGAUAACUUAGAUGAUAGUCUCUCGAACUAAUUUUUUAAAUCAGCUGCAAAACACGAGACAGGUUAAUGUAAUUUAUUUCUUCUUGGACAUCCAAGCUCAUGCUGUUACAUGAAACAGAUUUGGAUGUUACAUUCGCUGAUCUGGAUUUUUUGGAGGAAUCAGGGCACUCUGAAUUUGUUUCUGAGUUUAGUACAUACUCUGAAUUUGUUUUUGUGUUUA